UAAACCGAGAAUACUUUCCAACCAUAGAUACUAAACUGCCACUGAAUUUGUCCUCCUCUCUCAUCCAACCAAUCUGUAAUCCUUUCCCAUACUUUUUUUUUUGUCUUUUUUAUUUCCUUUUUCAAUUUGGUUCUACUUGACUUAAGUUCUUCCUCCACUUGAAGGCCUCAAUUCAGUCUUCUCUUUUUUUCUGUGCGUGUAAACAAUGGCGAUGACUGUAAAUGCAGCAGUAUCUCUCCCAUCUUCCAAGUCAUCUACCCUGUCAUUUAAAAACUCAGUCACUGUCCCUGAAAGAAUCAACUUCAACAAGAGUGUUUUGUACCCAAAAAAUGUCAGCCUUGGUGGAAAUGUGGUUUCCAUUAGAGCUCAGGUCACUACAGAAGCUCCUGCAAAAGCACCAAAAAUUUCCAAGAAAGAUGAUGAGGGUAUUGUUGUGAACAAGUUCAAACCAAAGGAACCCUACAUUGGAAAGUGCCUCCUCAACACCAAAAUUACCGGAGAUGAUGCUCCAGGAGAGACUUGGCACAUGGUUUUUAGUACCGAAGGGGAAGUACCAUACAGAGAAGGACAAUCCAUUGGUGUCAUCCCAGAUGGUAUUGACAAGAACGGAAAACCCCACAAACUUAGAUUGUACUCUAUUGCUAGCAGUGCUUUGGGAGAUUUUGGCAAUUCUCAAACUGUUUCCUUGUGUGUGAAAAGGCUUGUCUACACCAACGAACAAGGAGAGAUAGUGAAAGGAGUUUGCUCCAAUUUCCUGUGUGACUUGAAGCCUGGUGCUGAAGUGAAGAUCACAGGGCCUGUUGGGAAAGAGAUGCUCUUGCCAAAAGAUCCAAAUGCCACCAUCAUAAUGCUCGCAACUGGAACUGGAAUUGCUCCUUUCCGUUCAUUCUUGUGGAAGAUGUUCUUCGAAAAGCACGACGACUACAAGUUCAACGGAUUGGCUUGGCUCUUCUUGGGUGUUCCCACCAGUAGCUCACUGCUCUACCCAGAGGAAUUUGAGAAGAUGAAGGAGAAGGCACCAAAUAACCUCAGGGUGGAUUAUGCGAUUAGUAGAGAACAAACAAAUGAGCAGGGUGAGAAGAUGUAUAUUCAAACCCGAAUGGCCCAAUAUGCUGAAGAACUUUGGGAAUUGCUUAAGAAAGAUAACACCUAUGUCUACAUGUGCGGGCUGAAGGGAAUGGAAAAGGGAAUCGACGAUAUCAUGACUUCUUUGGCUGCCAAAGAUGGUAUUGAUUGGAUUGAAUACAAGAGACAAAUGAAGAAAGGAGAACAAUGGAACGUUGAAGUCUACUGAUCUAGGUGGGAUUUUGCCAUUCAGUCAUUUCCUUGCUUCUCUCUGCACCAUCUCUUUUUGAACUUGUUUGAUGCUGUAGAAGUUGAAUUAUCAACUCAACUCAUAAAUUCUUGCCUCAGAACAGGUUGUAUAGUGCAAAUUUGAAGGAGAUAAGUUCGUAUCCUGUAA